GCUGCCCCCCUGCACCGCACCGGCUUUUUUAUGGCUGGGGCUUGCCGCCGCCGCAAGCGUGAGGCUUCGGUUUUUUGGUGCCUUUCGAAGCCAGAUUUUUUUUGCUGAGCCGGGCAGCGGUGCUGGCUGCCUGGGAAGCCCCAGUGCAGCAGGGGCUGCUUGGCGCCCCGGACUGGGGCAGGGAGGCCGGGACCAGGUCCCUGGGCAGGGCACCGCUUUUUGGUGCCCCCAAAUUUUGGUGCCCUAGGCACCCGCCUAGUUUGCCUAGUGGUUGCACCGGCCUUGCUUUGUCCUUCUCCCGCUGCGCCACUCCACUGGCAUAUUCGGUCCCUCUCCCUGGCAGCUGGGCCCAGGAGAGGAGUGGGAGUGAGAUGCAUCCCAGCGCAGCUGAAGGUGGCUGCUCUGGGUCACUGUCCCAGUGCAGCGCGGCAGCUCCUUGAGAGAGAGCCCAGCUGGGGUGGCAGCAGCAGCCCACCCCUUCUGCUCUCCGCCCAGGCCUGGCUGCCAGGGACAGGGGCCAAGCAAGCUGGAAACGUCCUGGGGGCAACAGAGAGCUCUGGCUUGCUCGCCCUCUGUCCCAGGCAGCCAGGCCUGAGUGGAAGGGGUAGGCUGCCACCUCCUUCCCAGCCAGGUUCUCACAGGCAGCUGCAGCGCUGCACAAAGCAGCAACCUGGAGCAGCUGGCAUGAGAUGUGGCUGGUCCCACCUCCUCCACUCCCUGCCAGGGACAGGGGCCGAGCACGUUGGCGGGCAGACACAGCAGGCGAAGGACAGAGUCCCUCUCCCUCUCCCAGCAGGCUAAGUAGAAAUCUGGAGGUGUACUUGAGCCUGCAUGGCCUCCUUAGCUGUCACCUAUAAGCAACAACCCCUAGCAACUAGAUGCUCAGACAGGAACAUGAAGCUUUAUGCCCCAUGAUAUCAAAUCAGCAGUCUGCUGCUGGUCACCUGACCUUGCUGAGUUGCAGCCAUCGCCUCUGGUGGUGGGAUGUUAGCUGCAGUACCCAGAAUUGAGGUAGCACAGUGGUGCAGAGGGUGAGGCUCUCAUUUAGCAACUCCCUAGGCUGGGUUUCAUGAUGGUAGUGCCUGCUACUAAGGUCUUAAAUGUAGUGCUUCUCAUAUCAGACACAGAAUGCUGCCAAUCCAGCUUCAGUGUGAGGAGGCUGGGGAAUUAACACCCUCCUGGACUGGUCCACUUGUAAGCUCCCCAGGGUGAAGGCUGAAAAAGCAGGAAGGACAUGUAGAGAAUCCAGGCUUCAGAUCCUAAAAUGUUCCUGCUGCCGCAAAAAUGCACACAGAUUUCUAAGAAAGACUGACUGGAUUUCUACUGAAAAGUUUCAGUCAGAUGGCGGGACACACAGAGGGACCUCCGUCUCACAUCCAGUAAAUGAACUACAGAAAAAGUGACAGAGAUCUCUAAAAAUUGUUUGGAAAAAUUAUAGAGUCCAAAAGUGAGAUUUACAGGACCAUGCCUGGAGAGACUACAACCUUGCUGAAUGCAUCUGUGGGUACACCUCAGGCCGGUACCAUUCAUUCUGACAUUGCACGUUACAUAUUGAUUACUAUAUAUACAGUAGCAUUUAUUGGAGGUACAAUUGGAGCCAUUGCAAUGUCAUUUUUGCUGGUUAAAAUGAACACUCUGUCAGUGACCACGGCGGCAAUCGUCAACCUCGUGGUGUUGCACUGCCUGGUUCUCCUGACUGUGCCGUUUCGGCUUUAUUAUUAUAUCAGUCAGAAGUGGAUUUUGGGGCUGGCCUUUUGUAAAGCAGUGAGUGCUAUGAUGCACAUCCACAUGUACCUCACUCUUCUAUUUUACAUAAUCACGGUCGUUAUCCGGUGGCUCAUUUUCUUUCAAUGGAAGGACAAGGUGGAGUUCUACAGGAAGCUGCACGCUGUGGCUGCUAGUGCUACAGUGUGGAUAGUGGCCCUUGUGAUUGUGCUGCCCUUGUUCAGUGCUCGGUAUGGGAUGUCUGGGGAGUAUGGAAAUACCACAUGUUUUACAUUCCAACAAGAACUCAAGGAGGAGAGUGUGAAAGCACUGAACUAUGUCAUAAUUGCCACUGUAACUGCCACCACAUGUGUCCUCUUGGGCUUGCAAGUCUUCAUCAUUCUAAAGGUGGUGAAAAAGCUUCCAGGUUCUGUCUGGUCACAUCAAGAAUUCUGGGCCCAGAUUAAAAGCCUGAUGUUCAUAUCUGUGAUAAUCGUUUGUUUCCUUCCAUAUCACCUCUUUAGGCUCUAUUACAUACAGCACAUGAAAGAAAAACAACUAGAAAUUUACAAUGAUAUCUGUCUGAGUAUAACUGCCAUCAGCACUCUUGAUUUGCUGUCAUUUGUUAUAAGCGGAAGCCGUUUCUUUAAGCAAAAGAUUAUUAUGCUUCGAGACAAACUUGCAUGCUGUUAGGUUUGUUCAUUUUUAGAGACCAUCAUCCACACUAAAGUGUUUAGGUGGGAGGAAAACAUCGCUUUCUCUGUAUUUUUUUAAAAUAAUAAUUUAUGGAGACAAGUCAAAAAGCAUUAUAAAUUAUGUGUAUCUAUUUAUUUUAUAUGCCUUAAACACAGUACCAGCAAAAUAACAUAGAUUCUUUGAGUGGAUGAAAUACUUACCAGUGUUCACAGGGCCAGCUUAGCAGACUAGUGGAAACUGUGCUGUGUCACAAUGGAGACAAAGGUUCCAAUCCCAUGCCACAGAGGGGAAAAGAAGCAAUAGCCCAAGAUGAUUUGUAAAGAAUGUGCAGAGAAAAAAAUGAAACACAAAGUCAAUGAAUAGUGGCUUAUGUAAUAAAAUAUAUAGACUUUUGAAGUUCCUAGAUCUGUAUAUGUUAUGUAUACUGUUUAUACAUUAUUUAUUAACAACAAUCUGUGAUAGAAUGUGAUGGUUCUGCAGGUCUUCAUGGAGGAAUUUUGGGACUACACUGCAAUGUGGCUUUCUAGUUCAAUGCUCAACUGACACAACUCCUACAAAGCAAGCAGUAAAUGUAUUUCUUAAUUUUUUUCCCCUGAACUCACUCUUUUGAAAAUAGCUUUAUUGUGGGAGGGAAAGGUCUGAUUUAUCUCUUUCCUGUGCUGUAAAAGUGUCUCCAUAAAUAAUUACAUACCACUGGGCACUAUAUUCAGCAUUGACAGUUCAAAUCAAAAGCCAGUGUUUAUUCUCUUUCUUCACAGAAUUGUCCAAUUUUUUCAAGAGCUCAUUUAGUUAACACUACAGAUAAUUUAACUUAGAAUAUUAUUCAGACAGCAGUUGUGUUGUUUCUCCAGGUAACAAUAAUUUCCUUUUCUAUGAUACUUUGCCCAGUUUUGAAGGCCAUAGUCUGGCCUCUCAGAAUGUCCCUGGGAUAAAAUUAGUCCUACAGAACUGUGUGAUCUGGGCAAGUAAAAAAGAUAGAAAUACUGGCUGGGAUGGGAUGAGGUUAGCAUGUGUGGUGUGAUUGAGCAGCCAGUUAUAUUUCACAGUUAUAGAUGCAUGGUGAGCAGUGGGGAUUUUUUAAAACCUAGAAUUACCCAUUAUCAAGCACAUAAAAAAAUCACUUUUUGGAAGAUACUUAAGCCUACACAGAUCUACUGUCUUGUGUAUGUCCCAAUAUAUAACGUAUUUCAUUGAUAUCUGUAGCUCGAAAUAGUGGAGCUAUUUCCAUUUCUUUUUGCCUUCUGCAUCAAGUUCAAACUUUCCAUCUAGAGUCAGUUGAAUAAUAAGUGAAUCAUUUGGCAAAUUGGUGGUAUUAGCUAUAUAAAUUAUCUGAUUAAUUCUUUUUCAUUGCUCUGCCCACAUUCUCACCUCAAGACUGCACAACCUCACCCUUUCAUAUAUCUCACCUUUCAUUUCCUUUUGCUUCACUGUCUAUUGCCUAUACACAAAGUGUACUGCUGCUCUCCUUAAUAUCCCUUGUGUUAAUGUCUACCAUUCGCCUCUCUGAGCCUUCUUCCCUCAUGCUUAGAACUCCCUCCUUAUUGCUCAGUAGGUCUGACCAGGUUAUAGUAUCCUGAACUGAGAGAAACUGAGUAAUUCUCAUGCGCAACAACAAGAGUUUGGAACCAUCAACAAAGGCUAUAACAUCAGGGAGAGAAGGUGAAAAUGAAUUUGUGUUUGUAUUUUUUUUCCUAUGUCAUCUUUGGUAUGCAUAAUAUACCUUGUAUAGGGUUUAUAGAGCAACUUAUACCUUUACAACAAUAUAUAAAUGUUUUAUAACAACAAUAAUAAAUUUGUUGGUUUGGCUCACAAGCACAUAUUUUCAUUCAAGUCUUUCCUACAAAUACGCAUAAAUUAAAAUAAAAAUUGCCUUUAUAUUAAAAUUUUGUAAAAUUUUAUUCUCAGAACAGAUAGUUAUAUACAAUAAACACAUACAAUAAAAUGUUGACACGAAGUAAAUAUACUGUUCAUAUACUGUGAAAAAUCAUAUGUAGUUUAAGUAAUUCUUCUAAGAAUACACCCACACCAUAUACCAUGUCGUUACUGGUUUCUUUCCUUCUGUUGCAGUUCCUUAGCUUCAUCCAAAGGGGUGCAGCUGAGUCAAAAUCUCUUCAUUUCCAGGGUAUGUUAUUUGUUGGCAUUUAGUAUCACAAAAUAAAAAACAGUUAUGACAAUUAUUGGAAAUAACUUGAAAAGGAAUUCUGUCUUGUUAGAAUAAAUGUGCCUGUGUUGUAAGCAAGCCUGGUUACCAGGCCAAAUUUGAACAGUAUGUUUUGUAUUUUUUUAGAUCAUUUGGCCUGACAGCCAAGCCUAAAUUUCAAAAUUGGUGUGUUUUUAAAGAGUUUAUGUAUAAAAAACCUAAGUAAUUAAUCAAGAAGAUAAUUAUGAAAAUUUAGUCUAUGGAGAACAAUUGACCCUAAUUUAGUGAAAAAUAACAAUAUUUCACUUAUUUAGCAGAGGGGAGGUAUUCCUGCUUUAAAUGGAAAUUGGAACACAACCUCAGCUAAAGUCACGACCAGAGCUGCCAUCAUAAUAAUUAUAUUCUAAAGUAUAAUAUAUAAUGAUAUUGUUCAUAUCCUGUUAUGUAUACUGUUUAUAUGUUAUUUAUUAACAACAAUCUGUGAUAGGAUGUGGUGGUUCUGCAGGUCUUCAUUGAGGAAUUUUGGGACUACACUGCAAUGUGGCUUUCUAGUUCAAUGCUCAACUGACACAACUCCUAAAAAGCAAGCAGUAAAUGUAUUUGAGGAGAUCCGAACAAGGAAUAAUUUGCUUUUGUAUAUCUGAUUUUUUACUCCAAUUAAUAAAUUUCAAUAAAGUGUGGGAUUAAUUAAUGUAACCCAAAUGUUUGUAACAGUCUGUAUAAUUCCACGAUGUAUGUUCACAAUAUGCAAUCUUUUACAAAAUAAAAAUUGCAUAAAUGCUGUAGCACCA